UUUCUUCCCAGCUAGCAACCAAGCCCUCAGUCUCAGUCAGCCCGACGAGAAAGAGUUUCCUCAUUCAUUCGUUCAUUCCUCGCCACGGCGCCAAGCACGAUCACACCAGUCGACAGCUCUCCGGCGAGACUAUCAUUCUCGAUAAUUUUCCAAAUCUUACUCGGCGUCACCAGUUCACAACUCGGCAAUUGGCGUUCAUCCCGAACCAGCGACCGACAUCACUGAUGAAGCAUCCAUCGAAGGAGGCUUCGUAAUGAUGGCGGAUGCGAAGGCCGAGUCGGCGGCCGCGAAUCACGACUGUAGCAGGAGCAGCGGAGUGGAAGUAGUUAACCUUACCGAGAAUGGCAACAACAAGGGGGAGGAAGGGGAUACGAAGAAGACGGCGGUGGGAGGAGGAGUAGAUCCGGAGUUCUUCUGCUGCUUGCUUCAGCCUGCCAAUGCCGAUUCGGAUCCCGAUUACGUCGGCAUCCGGCGGCUCCUCCUCCAUCGCAAAGCGGAAUCUGGUUCCGUCCGACGUCUGGAUUGGAGAUGCAAUGGAAAAGGAUAUGUCUGUUACCGUAAUUACAUAAGAAGACCAAGAAAUUGGGAGAAGUCGCAAGUUUCAAGCCUCCAAAGCACACCAGAAAACAGCGGUCGAUGGUUUCCAUCUCCUAGUCCUCUCUCCCAACUAUAUAAUGUCGAAAGCCUUACUUCUAGCCGGGACGUAUCUAGUGUUAAUCCAUCUUCAGCCCGUAGGACAAGUGUCAGCUCAGGUGGAAGUGAUCUUGAUCACUCACGUGGGAGACGGCCUGAACCUGGUUAUUCUUUUGUGGGAAUGCAUUGCAUCUUUGAUCACAGCAAAGCUGCUGUGACAGUUCUGAAGUUCGGUAAGAGGAGUUCUGAUCUACUGGCAUAUGGGGCAUCUGAUGGUACAUUGACAGUCUGUAUGGUCUCCCAACCACCUUCAGUACUCAAACAACUGAAUGGACAUUCAAAAGAUGUCACAGACUUUGACUUCUCCUCCAACAAUCAGUACAUUGCAUCAUCAUCAAUGGAUAAAACUGUGAGAGUGUGGGAGUUAUCAAAAGGAACUUGCAUUAGAGUUAUCUAUGGAGUUUCCCCACAACUAUGUAUCCGUUUUCACCCUGUAAAUAACAACUUCCUUUCUGCUGGCAACGUCAACAGAGAAAUCACUGUAUUCAAUUUCAGCACAGGCAGGAUUAUUGCCAAAACAGUUCUCAACAAUGAGAUCACCUCGAUGGACCACGAUCAUACUGGUCAGCUCAUUUUCUGUGGAGAUCAACAGGGAUGUAUAUAUUCCAUGAGCAUGAACUCUCGUACCGGCGCCUUGUCUCGCUCUCAUCGGUAUCGAAGUAGCAGCAAGAGCAAGUCCCCAGUAACAACUGUGCAGUACCGAAGUUUCUCUCUGCUGGCACGUGGGCCCAUGCUGCUAACAUGCACUCAAGACGGGAACUUGUCCUUCUUCAGGGUGGCUUUGGAAAUAAAAGGUUACCUAACUCUUCACUGCUCACUGAAAUUGGCUCCACGAGUACACAGCAUGCGGGCGUCUUUCUGCCCUCUUCUCUCCCUUGAAAAAGGAGAAUAUAUAGUUGCUGGAAGUGAGGAUUCAAACGUCUAUUUCUAUGAUCUGACAAAGCCACAGAAUCCUUGUGUGAACAAACUACAGGGCCACCAGUUUCCAGUCAUUGGCGUCACUUGGAACUAUGGCGAAAACUUGCUGGCGUCGUCUGAUCUUCACGGAGUUGUCAUUGUGUGGAAAAGAGCUAAGACAGGCUAGAGGUACGAAUAGCGACGACAGAUCAGUCUCGAUUCUCGUUUCAGUUUCAACAGAGGGGGCAAACGAGAAACUACGCUCUACUGGUGGUGGAUAUGCUGUUGCUCAAUGGCCGUUCGCGAUAUAUGGAAGGAAAACGAUUCUCUUUGCAAGUGCUCAGUAUUAGUUGAGAUCCCCAUAUUGUAAAGCGCCUAUACCAUUCUCAAGAGGUCUUCCUGGUUUGGAUUGGUUUAAUUCGUUUGGUUCUACACACUUUCUUUUCAUAUAAGACGGAUACCAAAUAUCAAACAAUUUACUGCAGAAGUACAUACCAUGCACAAACUAUACUAACCACUCAUGGCCGGAAUGUUCGCCUGCUGGUUUUACGUGGUUAAAUCGGCCAUCUUAUAUUCUACCGAUUUAGCUAUAGUUGUACACAUAUCUGUUAAAACUAACGCUUGAUCAUAUCUUACAACCCAUCUUUGUGCGUAGAAAUCACUCUGCAUAGUUGUUCUUCCAGAAAUGAAUUCGCCGUGCGAAUUCCUUUUCACAGCUUCCAUUGUUGGCAGCAAAAAGCAAAGAUUGCAGAUAUUCGGACCCUUGGCUUCCAUACAUUAAGCUUCCAUCAUCAGUCAAGUCAGAAGUCACAAGUAGACACACCAAAACAGCAAUGAACAAACCCUAUAUAUGAUACAACAUGUCUAACAAGCUCGUGUUGAUAGUUGACACACGAACCAACCCACCCGUUGGUUCGUCCUCGACCUUCAAAC